CUGCCUUCGUCAGCAGAAGAUCCCAGCUCGAUCCUCCGCAAUGGGAGGAUCCUCCUCAUUCGUUAACAGUGAAGACACGAGGACACAUAUUUACUAUCAAUUGAAACAUUUCAUCGACAAAGAGCUAAAGGUCUGCUGCUUUCCUGACACAAAGACAUCUGUCAUCAUGUCAGAAGCAACUGUCCGUGUGAUGACGGCGACUGACUAUGAUUAUUCAGAGUACUUUGACCGUGGAACAGAAGAUUUUUCUCCCUGCGACAGUGGCGACGUGGUGAACUUCAGCAGAGCGUUCAUCAUUAUCGUUUACGCUUUGGUCGCCAUCUUCGGCUUCACCGGUAAUGUCCUGGUGGUGUGCGUCCUGGUGAAACACCGUAAGCAGACGACCUUGACAGAUGUCUGUCUAUUCAACUUGGCUUUGUCUGACCUCGUCUUCAUCUUCAUACUUCCAUUCUACGCACACUACACGAUGGUCAAACAAUGGACCCAUGGUGACUUUUUGUGCCAUUUCAUCGGUGGUUUCCACAGCACUGGCUUCUUCUGCAGCGUCUUCUUCAUGGUUGUCAUGACACUGGACCGCUACAUGGUUAUCAUGCAUGAUGCCAAGGUGGUCAAAUACCGCACUGUGAGAGCGGGGGUCGCUCUCACUGUGGUUGUGUGGCUCCUGAGCUUGUGCGUCUCCCUUCCUGAUUUCAUAUUCACCGCAGAGAGGCAAGAGCCUCACGGGCUGGGUUGCACUUACGUCUCGGCGAACGAUGCCUGGAGCGUGUACACCAUCUCAUCCAAGAAUAUUUUGGGUCUGCUGCUCCCUUUGCUGGUUAUGGUGCUGUGCUACUCCAGGAUCAUACCCGUCUUGAGGAGGAUGAGGAGUGCAAAGAAACAACGUGUUGUCAAGCUGAUCAUUUCAAUAGUGGUUAUCUUCUUCCUCUUAUGGACGCCGUUUAACAUUUCAAAUUGUCUUAUGUAUCUGCAUUUCAAGGGUACACUCCUAUAUGACUGUGACUCUUUCCAAAAUUUAAAGCUGUCACUAUCGGUCACUGAGACAAUUGCCAACACCCACUGCUGCUUGAAUCCCAUCAUAUAUGCUUUUGUGGGACAAAGGUUCAUGAGGCGUGUCAUGAUGUUGAGUAGAUGUGUUCGUGGGAUUUCUACUGCCCGCAGACGUUCAUCAAAAUUCUCCUCCCGGAAGAGUUCAGUCGGCUCCUCCGAGGGCACGUUUAUCAUGUAGCUUUAAUCCUAUCGAUCGAUCUAUCCUCAUCUAAUCUAAUCUAGCUCGUGAUCUAGCUAGCUAUCGUAGGCCAAUGGUCCUCCAGUCUAUUAUGACCCCAAGCAAACAACCACAAUCUUGAACAAAACAUCGGACUACUUCUGCGGAAGGAGCUGAGACUCGAGACAGGAGUGGACCAAAAUAUCAAAUCGACAAGUGCAGACCAAUUCAUUAAUUGAUUAAUUUUCAGUACAUUUUUAUUCCUUAUUGCUUUUG